CUCAAUCUGCCCUCUACCUUUCUCUCCCCUCCCCCCAUCUGUGCUGUCUUUUAGAGGGGGGAUGCUUGUCACCUACUCCUUGUAGUUCCCACACUAUCCCAUACUCUCUCUCUCUCUAUGUGUAGAGUCUGGACAACCGAGAUGCAGCAAGAGAAAGAAGGAAAGGAGAAAAUGGGGAAAGAAGAAUAAACUCUCACCAUCUCCAUUGCCAAAAGAGAGAGAAAAUAAAGAAGGAAAGCUCCAAUUUUUAUCCAUGGAGAGGCACAGAUGCAACCUUUGCUUCCGGCGCUUCUCCAGCGGCCGGGCCCUCGGGGGUCACAUGCGCUCUCACGUGACUCCCCGCCCCACCAGAGCUCCGCCUCUGCUCCCCUCCCACUCCGCCUCCUCCUCCUCCUUCUCCGCCGCGGACGCGGCGGCUGAUGACGAGACCGCGGCGUUGGCGGGCCUCGGCUACGGCCUCCGGGAGAACCCACGUAAAAGCUUCCGCCUUGUGGACCCGGAAUUCUCGUCCUCCUUCGCCGCCGCGGACGGCGGCGGCGGCGGCGGCUCCUCCGUUGUUCAGGAUCGCGAGAGCGAGACCGAGUCCUCCCUUCCUCCGCCGCUCCGCCGCCGAUCCAAGCGCUCCCGCCGCCUGCCGGAGGCGGCGGUGACCGCGGACGCUGAGCCCCUUAGCUCCAUCUCCGACGUUUCCCCCGAGGAGGACGUCGCCCGGUGCCUGAUGCUCCUCUCCCGCGACGCCUGGGCCAGAUUGAGAGCAGGGGAGCAAGCUGACGACCAGCAGUCUGACGGCUGGGACGAGACGGCGGAGGACGAGGACUACAACGUCGACGGUGAAGACGGCGACGAGGGGAUCGGCUCCGCCGCCCGAUCGCGGCGGAGGGGGCGGCGGAGCAGGUACCAGUGCGGCACGUGCAAGAAGUUCUUCCGGUCAUACCAGGCCCUGGGGGGCCACCGGGCUAGCCACAAGAAGGUGGCCGGCAGCGGGUCCGUUCGCGCCGCCGGUGGCAUCCAGAUCGGCGGAGAGGACUCCUCGGAGUUCAAUGCCAAUCGGAAUUCGAGCCUCCACCGCUGCCCCUUCUGCUCCCGGGUCUUCGGCUCCGCCCAAGCCCUCGGCGGACACAAGCGAUCUCAUCUCGCCUCCUCAUCCUCCCCCGUCGCCACCGCUGCCGCCGCCCAUUCCCCUCCGCUCCCUCCUCCUCUCUCCGCCAACAACAGCAGCACCAACCUCGGCGGCGAGGGCUUCAUCGAUCUGAACCAACCAGCUCCACUGGAGGAGGAAGGCGAGCUCUCGGCUCUCUCCGACGCCACAGAGCUGCAAUCCAAGUGACUUCCUUUCUCCAUUGCGAUCCCUCUCCGAUCCAAACAGAGCUACAUGGCAAGCAAUCUGAGGUAAAUUUAUCGACACAAAACCGAAAUCCAUCUAAAAAUCACAUCUUUACAACCGAAUGCCGUGCAGAGAAACCCAGCCCGAUUCAGCUGACAUCAAUUUCAAAUUUUUAUCAGUUCUUCUUGGAGAGUUCGAUCUGGUUCUUCGGUUACAGUUGCGUACUCCGAUAUUGAACGGUAGAACGAAUCACAAAUCAUCAAAAUCAUCAAGAAAAAAGCUCUUUUUUCUUUGAAUUUACUGUAACUAAGCUUACUUUUCAUUCAAACUUGUUCUUGCGACAGCAAUUAUAAUUUCUUAUCGGUUUUGUUUAGAA